AUGAAAACGAAAGCGGCCCGUCGUGACAAUGGCGCGGAAACACUCCCCGAGGGAAUGGCCGGCAUCACCAUCAGCGGCCACAUGAAAAGCUACGUCCACGGGGUUUCUGACUUACCUUUACUAUUCGACACAAUUUCCGAGCGACUACGGGUGGCCGUCGAGUUGGUGCCCGACCGCGAAUUUGUAAUCUUCAAGCGCGACAACGUCAGGAUGACGUAUUCACAGUUGUUGGUCGAGGCGGAGAAGUUGGCUGCCGGCCUCGUUCAUCUAGGGAUCGAACGCGGUGACCGGGUGGGAAUCUGGGGCCCGAAUACCCCAGAAUGGGUGGUCGCCAUGUUUGCAGCAGCCAUUGCUGGCUAUAUUUUGGUCAAUAUCAACCCUUCCUAUCAAUCCGAAGAACUUCGGUUUGCCAUCGAAAAAGUCGGCAUCAAGGCCCUGAUCAUGGCCCCGGGCUUCAAAAAGAGUAACUACUACCAGAGCGUCAAGGACAUCAUCCCUGAAGUGGUGACAAAGGCUGAGGGCCGCUCUUCGCUCUCUACACAUGCUUUCCCGGAAUUCCGCCACUUAAUCAUCUUCGAUCGCGAGGAUAAAGCUUAUCAGGGCGCUUGGCGAUACACAGACAUUAUGAACCUUGGAAAAGAAGAGGAUUACAUCAAGCUGCGCCGGAUGGAGAAGGAGAAUCGCCCCGAUGAUCCAGUGAACAUUCAGUACACCAGUGGCACCACCGGACAGCCAAAAGGAGCCACCCUUACCCAUCACAACGUACUCAACAAUGCUUAUUUUGUGGGAAGACGGGCUGGCUAUCAUGAGAAGCGCACCAUCAUCUGUAUCCCGAACCCGCUGUACCACUGCUUCGGAUGUGUGAUGGGCGUGCUAGCAGCGCUGGUGCACACGCAGACCUGCGUCUUCCCAGCACCAUCCUUCGAAGCCUUGGCAGCACUGCAGGCCGUACAUGAGGAGGGAUGCACGGCCCUCUACGGCACUCCCACCAUGUUCAUCGAUAUGCUUAACCAUCCGGAUUACAACAAAUACGACUACUCCACUAUUCGUUCGGGCUUUAUCGCAGGAGCGCCGUGCCCAAUCACGUUGUGCCAACGGCUUGUCACCGAUAUGAACAUGGUCGAUAUGCAGGUGUGCUACGGAACGACGGAAACUUCCCCCGUCUCCUUCAUGUCGAUUCGCGAAGAUCCGCCCGAGCGCCGAAUCCGGUCUGUUGGACAUGUUAUGGACCAUCUCGAGAGUGCCCUCGUCGACAAGCAAGGCCAAAUCGUUGGUCGUGGCGACAAGGGUGAGGUGAUCGUCCGUGGGUAUUCGGUGAUGCGCUCAUACUGGAAUGACGAGGAAAAGAGUCGUCAAGAAAUUACGGCUGACCGGUGGUAUCAUACUGGCGAUAUCGGCGUGAUGCACGAUGACGGAACGGUGUCAAUCGUUGGCCGCAGCAAAGACAUGAUCGUCCGAGGAGGUGAAAACAUCUACCCCACCGAGGUCGAGCAGUUCCUGUUCAAGCAUCCAAAAGUUGAGGAUGUCCAUAUCGUCGGCGUGCCGGACGAGCGAUACGGUGAGGUGGUUUGUGCCUGGAUCCGGUUGCACGAAUCAGCCGUUGGACGGGUCACUGAGCAGGAGCUAAAGGAUUACUGCAAGGGCAAAAUUGCUCAUUUCAAAGUGCCACGCUACAUCCUUUUCAAAACCGAAAAGGACUUCCCAUUGACAGUUACCGGAAAGGUAAAAAAAUUCGAAAUCCGGGAGCGGAGUAAGGUAGAGCUGGGACUGCAGCAAGUCAUCAGCCACUUCAAUGAGAUUCCCGCCAUUAGGAGCAUCGCG